UGUGUGUGUGUGUGUGGAGAAAACGCGGAUCGUUUCUUGCGUAUGUGUGGAGUAACACCCGUGACUUGCCGUCCCCAUCUUCCUCCACUGGUGACAGUUGAACCGGCCUAGUCUCGCCUUGCCUGGUCUCGUCUCGUCUUGUCCUUUCCCCAUCGUCGGUCUCUCUGUCUCUCUGUUCUGUCUGUCUGUCUGCGCGGGAGUUUCCUGCCUGUUCUGUCAUCAAUCCCGCGUGCGUGCUUGCUUGCUUUGGCGCUCUAAUACCUCUCGCGGAUCGGAUUGUCUGGAACAUUGAUUCAGCUACACCACGCUACACUACUCUAUACCACUCUCCUCCGUCUCUCCAUCCACCAACCCCCGUCGUAUUCUUUCUUUACACACACACCACACCCGUCCACCCACCCUGCUCUCGCUGACCUGACCACCCCACCGCCCUUAUCGUUCUGCUACACAUCGUCCACUGUGCUGCAUAAGCACUUAUAUAUUUACCCGCCCACUGUUAUCCCCCGUCGCUCCCGUCGCUUCACGCAGUCAGUCGCUUUGUCUCGCCGCUGUCGCUCGACGACCGGCGCGUUACCCUGCUCAAAUGGCUACCACCUCGUCUGAUGUCCCACCCUCGACGGCCACUCCUCCUGCCGCCCAACCCGCUUCGGGCUCACGGCCGACGAGCAGAGAGCAUGCAGCACGACCUGCAAGCCCCGUCGAGAUGAAGCCGUUGCCAGCAUCAGACCCGCUAAUCACCAAUCCCGCCGAAACAUCCACCGAUGCGCAAUCCGCAGACCCCACCGCAGUCGUAUCGACCACCUCCAAACCCGCUGCUCCCGCUGAUUUAAGUCGCACCGAAACCGAAGCCAUUGGUCCCUCCACCGACACCCCUGCUGCGAACCCAGACAACACCAAUGGACCUGUCGUCGUCAUCAUGCUGCUGCUCACAACAGGCGCACGACAUCCGUACAAGAUUGAUGAGAAGUACCUUAAGAAGCGCAAUGUCACAGUGGAGGAUAUGGACCCGUACAACAUCAGUGUAUAUACGCUCAAAGAACUCAUAUGGCGAGAUUGGCGCGAAGAGUGGGAACCCAGACCGACCACUCCCAGUUCAAUACGGCUUAUACAUUUCGGUCGCAUGUUGGAAGAUAAGAUCCCUCUCAAAGAGUGCCGAUUCCAGUCGGAAACACCAAAUGUGGUUCAUAUGACCGUAAAACCGCAGGAAGUCGUCGACGAGGAGGAUGCAAAAGGUGGCAAAGGAGGAAGUCGCCGCGAUACAGAUGAAGAGGCGACUGCUGGUUGUCGCUGCGUCAUCCUAUGA